AUGGCCCGGAGAUUUGCCACCCGCGCUCUCCUAUUGCUGUCCUGCAGCCGGGAAGGCAGGAGCUCAGUGCCGCCCUUCUCACCAGCAGGAACAGCUUUGGAGGCCGCCCGGCAACUCGUUCGCCCAAAAGCGACCUUGCAGAAAGAUGGCGAGUUCGAGGGUGGCGAGUUCUGGGAGGCACACGAGGAGCUGCUGAAGCGCGCAUGGCAGGAACAUGGCCCGCUUCACACUGACUUGUACAACUUUGGCCCCGUCUUUGAACGCAGAUACCUGAGCCCCAAGCUGCGCGCUGCAGUCCGGCUGGCACGGGAAGAAGGCCGAGAAGAGGCGCUCCAAGGGCUUUUCGAGGAAAUCUUGCCUGGUGUGUUUGCCAGCGAAGAUCUCUUCACUGCGGCCUUUCGCAAGGACUUCUUGGAGGAGCUCGAAAGAAUAAAUUCCGCUGGCAUACCAACAAGGAGGCCGAACGGGAUGAAUAGAUAUGGAGUGAUUCUAGACCAGGUCGGAUUCGAGAAGGCCUUAGACGGCCUUGUGGACACCUACAUCAAGCCGCUUGGAGGGAUGCUUUUUCCCGAGCUGGUAGGUGCGCAUGAUGCCGACGAGCACUAUGCGUUUACAGUAAAAUACGAGCCCACCGGCGACACUGAACUGGCAAAGCACGGAGACGCCUCCGUGGUCACGUUGAAUCUCUGCCUGGGCCCCACGCGCUGGGAGGGGGGUGCGCUGCGCUUCUUCGAUUCCGGCGGCUCGGGGAUCUACGCGCUGCCGAAGGGGAAUGCCUCGGCAGGCUCUGGCGAUGUCAACUUUCGCCCGGGCCAGGUGCUCAUACACCGCGGUCAGCACAAGCAUCAAGCGUUGCCGCUGCUGGCAGGGCAGAGGUCGAACUUGAUUAUCUGGCUGCAUGCGGAAUACGGCGUGGUGAGGGUGGCUCCCUAUGCUCCCGAGCAGCAGCUGACGCCACAAGAGCGGUGGCAACAGACACCGCGUUUUCGCCUCGACCUCUAA